ACCAGGAGAGUUAGAUAUUUGGUGUUCAAUUCUUAUUCAAAAACCAUCGUCUCUUCACCUCCUUAUGUUCACCCUCUUGUCAAGAAUUCUAAGAGCUGUUUAUCUCUUAAAAGCCUUGAGAUUUGUACUGAAAACUUAUGUUCUGAAUCUGGGUCUGAUGGUUAUCCUCAUUCAGAGAUUAGUCUUUCUGAUACCGAAGAAGAAUUUGAAGAUUGUGAAGAGAUUCAAGUAGAAGAAGAAAUUGAACAAGUGGCAGUAGAAGAGAAGAAAGAAGUAGUUGUAAUAAAUUAUAGUAAGAAAUCAUCAUCACUACCAUCAUCAGUUCGUAGAUGUUUCCCACCCCCACUAAAAUCUCUUUCUAAACCAGGAGGAGGAGGUACCCAGAUGAAAUCUCGUCGUAAAGAGGGUAGAUUAGUUCUUGAAGCUGUCUCCGUUGCAACUACUAAAAACUGCUUCAAAAACAUAGAAGAUAUCUUCCAAACUGUUGAGGAAGUAAAAUCCGAAGGUAGUCCUGAUAAUAAAAUUGAAGAACUAAUAAUGGAAGAGGAGGAAGAAGACUAUAAAGGGAUUGUGCUGGAAAUGAAUAGUACUAGAGCUCGCAGAUCAAAACUGCAGCCAACUGGAGUGAUGAAUGUUCACAGAUCAGCAUUGGUGGCGAAGAAGUUUAUAGGUUUUACAAACAACAUGAAUACCACAACUCGGUCAUUAGCUGCAGGGGAAGCACCACCACAAAUGUCCGCAGUGCCACAACCAACGGUUGCGGAGGCGGUUGAGGCUUCAUCUUUCAACCGUUAUGAGUAUUUCUGGCGAAAGGAGACACUCUCGAUGGUGUCCGUCGGUGGAAUUUAUCAUUCACUCGACCAACAAUCACUGACCUACAGCAAUAAUAUCGUAACUAGUAAGAAUAAUCACUACGUUAACAAUAAUAGCAAUGGUCUAUACGUUAAGGAUUCAAUAACAACAAUAAAACGAGGAAACAAUCAUAAGGAGGAGAAACAAAACAGCAACGGAGAAAAGGUUGUUGAGCAUUUUAUAGUUCCCGCUUAUUGCAAACAAGAACCAAGAAAAUAUUCAGACUUUCAGACUUUCAGCCGUCUGAUCGUUGUAGCAACAACAUCGUAGCCAUACAUGUGUAAGAUAGUGCCAUGUACCGUCAGAUCUUCAAUGAAGACCGCGGGCAAGAUUAGACGAUCUCAGUGGAAGGCAAAAACUAAAGGUGUGAGAUUUUGAAAAAGUGUGUACGCCCAGUACAAAAAUAUGAAAUCAAAUCUCUACCGCUAUAUUUAAGUUCGGAUAAUCCAACUGAUGGAAAAUCUCCUCUCCUCACACUUCAAGAAAAUCUAGACCAUUUAUCAAAUCAACACACACGGAUAUAAGUUUGAUGCCGAUUGCUGAGCUACUCAGCAGAAGUUAUUGGUCAUCGUUUUACA